GGGCGUGCUUGGAGUCAGCCAGACAGAAAGGAACCACAGCCGAAGGAGCUCCGCUUGCUAGAGCAUCUCUUCCCUGGCUGUUUGGCUGCGGCACCGCCAUGGCGAGCUAUUCCCGCUACCUGCUCCGCAUGCUGCCCCUGCGCCGCUGGCCGCUGCACGGCUUUGGGCCUGUCUGGCUCAGUGGGCCGCAACCAGCUGGCGGGGCCCUCUGGCCGGCAGUCGGGCAAAGCCUCGUCGACCGGGUCGCAGCCGAUGUGGAGAGGCAGAUUGUGGAAAUGGAGACAAUGAGCAGGGCCUUCUUCCAGGCCUCACCGCUGCAGAAGUUCCUGCGGGAAGCGCCGCCAGAGGAGAACGUGGCUCGGGACGGCGAGGCAGGCGGAAAGUUUCGCUUCUCGGUGGACGUGGCCGGCUUUGCGCCAGAGGACGUGGCUGUGCAGCUGGACGGCAGGAAGCUGAUGGUGAUCGCCAAGCGGCUGCGUGAGAGCACAAGCGAGGAGGGUGGCUGCGUGAGGGAACGCCAUGAGUUGCACCGCGAGGCUAUCCUCCCUGCCGACGUGGACCUCCAGGCCUUGACGUGCUCGCUGGCAUCCGAUGGGCGGCUGUGCAUUGAGGCCCCCCGCCUGGCUGCGGCAAAAGCCAUCCCCAUCGACAUGAAGGCGGCAGACCAGCAGGUUCCGGGAACCAGCACAGAGAAGGACCCGGAGAAGCCACAGGAUGCUUGAAAAGUGUGGACGUUUUGGGCACUCAGCAGCUGCUGUGGGAAUUAGUGCAACGUCUUAGUUCGGCUCCCCAUUCAAAAGAGCGUCUGCCAGGAUUCCAGCUGACCUUUCGACUGCCUUGACUAAUAUUUCCAAUUUAUUAAUCACCUUCAAAAGCGAUGUACGGUUCUUUUCCUUGCGUGCAAUUAAAAAUUGUCUUAUUUCUCCACAUUAAUCGCCAAACUGAUUUAUGCUUCUGUUCUUCAUCCACAAUAAAAAUUGUGCUUUAUUUUUGCA